AUGAUCAAAGUGAAGACGCUGACUGGGAAGGAGAUCGAGAUCGACAUCGAGCCCACGGACAGCGUGGAGCGCAUCAAGGAGCGCGUGGAGGAAAAGGAGGGCAUUCCGCCGGUGCAGCAGCGGUUGAUUUUCGGUGGGAAACAGAUGAACGACGAGAAGAUCGCGAAGGAUUACAACAUCGAGGGUGGGAGCGUGCUGCACUUGGUGCUGGCGCUGCGAGGAGGGCGGAAGUAG